AUGGCUUCGACAAACGUGCGACAACAAAAACAACGUCGUCCGGAGUUUGGUUACUCUGGCUCAAAUGCUGGCCAUAAUAACCGCAAUCAAAAAAACAGAUGGGGUAAUAACAAUUCUCAUGGGGUGAUUUCUACAAGAAAUCAACCGCCUAACAAUACACAAUCACCUAACUCACAACAUCACAACCAUGCUCAAACAAUCGCAUCCACGCAGAAUGUUCGAAAACAAGUUGACAGUUAUCCGGAAGAUACAGUAGCGGCAAAACAUAUGCAUGAUCGCCUGCUAUUUUUACUUACUCUGUUUGCGGGUAAGACCGUCGUUGUCACUGUGAAGGAUGGAACAAAAUACGAAGGGCUCUUUCAUACAGCCUGUACAGACACAGAUAUGGGCGUCAUUUUGAAAUUUGCACGGAAACUUCCAUCAAAACCAGGAGAAAAAAUGGGAAAAGCGUUGUCGACAUUUAUUAUACUUGCAAAAGAUUGUAUGGAUAUCUAUGCAGCAAAUAUAGAUCUUUCAGCAAACGAUAAACCGAAUAAUGAACGAGAAGGGUUCAGGACAGAUACCGACAUUAGCGGACGCACUGAAAUCCGCGAAAGAGAGUUGCACAAAUGGACACCAGACGACCUUGUUGGAUCUGAAAUUAUGGUUGGAUUGGAAGACGAACCCGGUAUGGAUGCAGGCAACGGCAAUUGGGAUCAGUUUGCGGCGAAUGAACAACUAUUUGGCUUGAAAACGGACUUUGAUGAAGAAAUAUAUACAACUAAACUAGAUAGAUCAAAAGCUGAUUUCAAAGAACGUGAGAGACAAGCAAUUCAGCUUGCUAACGAAAUUACGAAAACACAAACUACUAAUGUACAUGUACUCGAAGAACGCGGUGUUCUGAUUGACGAUAGUCAAAUGGAUGAAGAGGAUAGGUAUGGUGCGGUUAAUCAGAACUCAAAAUCUCCGCGCACGCCAACACAGCCAUUAAUUCCAUUGUCUCCCGUGCAGCAACAAUCCAACCCAAUUCCAGUUCCAGCCCCUGUUCCCACCCCCGUCAAAAAACUUGAACCGUCUGCUAGCCAACUUGCCAAAGACAUGGCAAAGGAAGCAACAAAAAAAUCACUGCAAGAUCAAAAAUCGAAUGCACCUGGCGCAUCUGCGGUGCCGCCAAACGGUAAUAAAACGUCGUCGCUCAAUGGCCCUAACUCGUUGGCACACUUUAGAAUUGCCGAACCAGUAGCGGCGUAUUUACAUUCUCAGAUGGCAAAUAGGAAAAUAAUUGAGGGCCAGGGUAAGCCGAUCGAAAAGGAAAUUGUUGGUACUUUCAAGCAAUUUGUCAAUACAGAGAAGGAGAGAUUGCAGCAGAAAAAGCAGGCAAUUUUCCAAAAAGAAAUGGACGGAAAGGUGGCAGAGUUAAAGAAAUGGGGGUUGAAUUUUAAGCUCAAAUCAUCACCACCGGAAGAUUUAAUUCCUAUUUUAACGAACGAUGAAGCCAAACGCCAAGCACUUGCUACCAAGAACACUACCAUUAACAACCAACCAACCAUAUACAUAUCAACCGCUCCCCCAGAAAAAGACCAUCAAAAUACCGAGAAUUCGGAGAAAAAGGAUGACAAGCUUACAUCUGAUGUCAAUAGAUCCAAGGACAUUAAGUCCGAAGAAAAGAGAGACAAACCUCAGGACGUGAAUAAGACUAAAAAAGAAGAUAAAUCCAGCCACAAGGGAAAUGUCCCUUCCCAAAUUGAACAAAAGUCAGACGGUAAGAAAAUCAACACCGCUGUAAAAGUGAAUGAAGAUAAAUCGAAGAGUCUUGAUAGGGAUGGCAAGAAUACUGGCGGGGAAAAUAAAAAUAGUGCUGAAAAGAAUACAAACGCGGAGAAGACAAACACGACAUUAUCGAAUUCAUCAUCUUUGGGCACAGCUUCAAGAGCGACCACGACUGGCUCUAAAUCAACCUGGAAGCCGAAUCCGAAUGCUGCAUCAUUUACUCCGACUACUCCCACUUCGGCUACGUCAAACGACAAGUCUCCUGCUUCUUCACCAUUUUUAAGUCAACGGCAAUUGAAAAGAACCACUACAUCGUUCCAGGGUAACUUUACACCUUUCCACAAAAGCAAGCCAAUUGCCAAUCCUAGCACCAUACCACCAAUAUGGCCAUUUGGACAACGGCCAUUCCGACUACAUUUUAGCAGUCAAUAUGAAGAAGACAUGUAUACACCGAAUGUGCCUUCUCAAUUUGGAUUCCAGUAUGCAGUUGCCAGUCCGCAAUUCAGAUAUCCAACACAAUAUGUAGGCGUCCCUCCAACCGUGAUGCAACAAGCGCCUAUGUAUAUGCCGCAAGGACAUUUUGUGCCAUUCGCUUCGCCUCCAAUGCCAGCAGCAGGCGGUCCGCCACAGGUGAUGUACAAUCCACAGAUGCCAUCCGGAAUGCCCCCUCAGCAUUUUAGCGCACAAGGAUUUCCGUCCCCAAAUAGGACGCCAAUGGUUCCUGGCAUGCAUCCACCUAUGUAUCCUCCUUAUCAACAGCAUGUUGCGAUGCCACCUAUGAUGCGCUAUACUACUCCUCAUGAAAUGGUAGCGCAUGUUCCUCCAAACGGUGUGAUGAUGGGCCAGCGUCCAAUGAUGAUGGAACAGUAUCACGUACAAGGUGAAGGUGCACCUAUGGAAGCAAUGCAAGCCCCCGAACCAACGCCAACACAACAGUAA